AUUCUGAUUGAACGAAGAAACGUUCGGAUUGGGAACGGUACAUCGUAGCCUUUUUCUCUUGGGAUAUUUUUCAUCCACAAUGACGAAGGGUACAUCCAGCUUUGGUAAGCGGCGUAAUAAGACGCACACGUUGUGCAGGAGAUGUGGACGUAGCUCCUACCACAUCCAGAAGUCACAAUGUGCGCAAUGUGGCUAUCCUGCUAAGAAAAUGCGUUCAUAUAAUUGGUCAAUCAAGGCGAAGAGGAGGAAGACCACUGGUACUGGCCGUAUGCGUCAUCUUAAGAUCGUACGCCGUAAAUUCAAGAAUGGAUUCAGGGAAGGCUUACCAAAACCCAAAGCUGUUGCAGCUAAGUAAUACAUUGACUUCUCUUUGUCUUAUUGUCUAAUUAAGUUGUAAUUUUGACUAUCAAUAAAAAAUCCAAUUACAAAA